AGAGCUGCAGCAACAGCGUCUCAACCUGGGAUGUGCACCAACCCCGGAGAGCGAGAUCAAAGGGACUGGAAACAGACUGGGGACUGGCGGGGGGAGGGGGCCGGCCAGCCUGUGGAGUCCUCCCAGAGAAGCGGAGGGCCCAGCUUCCACCGUGACUCCAGCGGCCUGCUUGGGGUUUUAAUUAUUAUUUUGAAAUUUCUGAAUCGAGCUAGAGCGAGAGAGCGAGAGAUCUCCGUAGACUGCGACUCGCUGGCUCUCGCUCCGAGAUGAUGCAGAGUGCGACUGUCCCCGCGGAAGGGGCUGUCAAGGGGCUGCCGGAGAUGCUAGGUGUGCCGAUGCAACAGAUCCCCCAGUGUGCUGGCUGCAACCAGCACAUCCUGGACAAGUUCAUCCUGAAGGUCCUGGACAGACACUGGCACAGCUCCUGCCUCAAGUGUGCAGACUGCCAGAUGCAGCUGGCGGACAGGUGCUUCUCCAGGGCCGGGAGCGUCUACUGCAAGGAGGACUUCUUCAAGCGCUUCGGCACAAAAUGCACAGCCUGCCAGCAGGGUAUCCCCCCGACCCAGGUGGUCCGCAAGGCCCAGGACUUUGUCUACCACCUGCACUGCUUUGCUUGCAUCAUCUGCAACCGGCAGCUGGCCACGGGGGAUGAGUUCUACCUCCUGGAGGACGGGCGGCUGGUGUGCAAGGAAGACUACGAGACGGCCAAGCAGAACGAUGACUCAGAGGCUGGAGCUAAGCGGCCCCGGACCACCAUCACAGCCAAGCAGCUGGAGACAUUAAAGAAUGCAUACAAGAACUCCCCCAAGCCUGCCCGGCACGUGAGGGAGCAGCUGUCCUCAGAGACAGGCCUGGACAUGAGGGUCGUACAGGUUUGGUUUCAGAACAGAAGGGCCAAAGAGAAACGCCUGAAGAAGGACGCAGGACGGCACCGCUGGGGGCAGUUCUAUAAGAGCGUCAAGAGGAGCCGGGGCGGCAGCAAGCAGGAGAAGGAGAGCUCUGCAGAGGACUGUGGGGUUAGUGACAGUGAGCUGAGCUUCCGAGAGGAUCAAAUUCUCUCAGAACUUGGCCACACCAAUAGGAUUUAUGGCAACGUGGGGGACGUUACAGGCGGACAGUUAAUGAAUGGGAGCUUCUCCAUGGACGGGACAGGACAAUCCUAUCAGGACUUGAGGGAUGGGAGCCCCUAUGGAAUCCCCCAGUCUCCAUCCUCCAUAUCGUCCCUGCCAUCCCACGCUCCUUUGCUCAAUGGGCUGGAUUACACGGUGGACAGUAAUUUGGGCAUCAUUGCGCAUGCAGGGCAGGGAGUAAGCCAGACGCUGAGAGCCAUGGCUGGGGGACCCACCUCUGACAUCUCCACAGGAAGCAGUGUAGGCUAUCCCGACUUUCCAACUAGCCCAGCCUCUUGGCUCGAUGAAAUGGAUCAUCCUCCUUUUUAA